UUGGAAAGUUUCCAGACAUAAUAGAUGUGCUCAUGAAUGUAAACAAACUGGGUGGGGCGUGCCAUAUUUGAAAGACCGCUCACUGUAUAGCAAAUUUUGGUCAUAAUUUGAAAUUGCAGUACUAGUGGAACGCUGUAAAGCGGGGCCCUAUUGUAUACAUUUCAGAGGGGUGCCUUGAAAUCAGUGAAGGACUCUUCAUUCAAGGAAUUAAUCUACCUCACCCUUCUUUAGAUUCAACCUUAUUGCCUCCCAUUUCCCAGGUGCUGCAUAAUCCUUGUAUUCUAAUUUCAUAUUAUUUCUCUUCAGGAUGCUUGUAGUAGUGGCAGUGGCGAGUCUAGUGAACUCUACAAUGAUAAUGGCACUGUCUCAACAACAUAUAUUUACAAUUCCAGCAUAUUUGAACAGCAGGGUCUAGUUGCACUGACAAUGGCGCCAAGCUACCCAUGUAAUCACCCAGGAAUUUCCACUACUACCAAUACCCCCCAAAUGGUUGGGGCUGUUCCUGGCUGCAUGCCAGAAGGUAAAAGAUCAAACUCUGAUGGAUCAAGCAGUGAGGAAGGGGGUGGUGGAUUGACUAAUCAUAAUGGGCCUCCAGCAUCCAGUUCUCCCCUAAGCUCUCCACAGUCCUCCCAUAUGUCUCGCCUCUACAGCCCACUAAGUCCUAGUCGUGCCUCAUCUCCUUUGUCUCGGCCUACUACUACUACAACUACUACCACAACAACAACAACAACAACUACAACAGCAGCUAACCUUCCACUUACCAUUACAUCAUCCUCAACAUCAACUUCUUCCAGUGUUGUAUCAUCUAUUCAUUCAAGUCCUCAGCUAGUCCACAAACAUUCUGUAGUUGUUACUCAAACAGUUACUACAACUCAAGCUGCUAUCAAUCAUUCAAAUCUUGGGACCACUUCCUCAGGACAUACCCAUCGGGGGAAGCCUCCAUCAUCUGGAUGUCGGUCCCAGAGACGAUCAGACCGCUCAGGUUCUCGGACUAGACUACCUGGUGGUUCAUCAGGUGACAUUGAUGGAAUCGUUGGAAACCAAAGCCAUCAGAACAGUCCAUCAGCAACUCGUGGGGUGAUCCAGACAUCUCUCACUUUCUCCAGUAGUAGUAGUAAUCACCCAAAAGGCUCUUCUCGAUGGUCUGGAAAUUCCUCUGCUACUGCCUCUUCAUCUGCCUCUUCCUCACCUAGUUGUGCAGCUUCUAGUAGUAACAUUAAAAAUGUUACCAGACAAAACAGUCAGAGUCCUUGUCCAACUUCAGGCACGACCACUACUUGUAGAGUUGGCGUGACUGCAUCUGUUACAGCAAGUUCUUCCACAUGUAAAACAAACGGCACUAAUUGCCACACAGUCAGUGGAUUAUCGUCCUCCACCCCCAUAUCUUUAAGUGCCACCCAAACCAAUAGAAACACAUCGCCGCCAGUCGUCCAGGGAGGGAAUAUAGAAAAGUGUGUCCACACCAUUAGUAGCAAUUCAGGGAUCAGACAGCCAUCGUCCACAGGAGGUUCUAGCUCCACAACCCAGUCCACUUUGGAAAAGUGCGCUGUAAAUAAUAACAACUGCCUCAACUUGGAAUUUGUGAAACACGAGAGACUAAACAAGUAUUAUCAGCAACUCUCGGAUUACCCAAUUGAUAAGUUAAAAAGAAUGAGUGACCGAGACCUACUAGAUUUGGGGCUGACCAAGGGCGCUCUCACCAAGCUUCGUCGAGUGUUGAUUGGUUUGGAGUCUCCUGCUCACCACAUCCCCAAUGGCUUUACUAACCCCUCAUCUCUUGCCUCACAUCCACCUCCUUCACCUCAUCCUCACAGUACCCCUUACAGUGCAUCACAUAAUUCUACUAAUAAUCAUUCUGCUGCAACUAUUCUCCCUUCAUAUAACUCUCAGUCCUCAGCACAAAACACUUCUCAAAGUACAAUUUCACACUCUGCAAAGUCAUGCCUGUCAAGUGAUUCACCUAGUGCUCAUACUUGUUCUCAAACCUCUACCAUUAAUACACAAACAUCACAAAAUUCAUUACAAAACAAAGUGUCAGAAACAAAUUGUAACAGUAAGACUCCCCAAACCACGCCUUUAAAUUCCUCAGCACGAAAUACAUCAUCCCAUCGAGGAGGAACCUAUUCUCAGCCAUCAAGCAUCGUCAGCACUAUUCCUACUUCCACCACACAUUCUACUCAAAAUAUGUCAUCAACAUCAACAACUACAGUUAACACAUCUGUCACUGCUUCCUCGGCUGCCUCCUCGUUCCUUUCUUCCUCCUCUCCCUCUACAACAAAUCCUGCAACCACAGCUACAACCACAACUACCACUACUGCUUCCACCACAUCUAUUGCUGCCAGUGCAACUGCUACCACCACCACUUUCACCACCACUUGUUCCCCCUCAUCUUAUAUUAUAUCUACUAACACUACAUCUCCUAGUGCUUCUACUGUUGUUAUUACUUCUGGGAGUAUAGUAGUGACAACAACUACAUCUGCAAACAUUGUUGCCACAACACAUGUCACUCAGUGCCACAUACUUUCACCUAGUCCAAAGGGGGGCUCAGUGAUAGCACAACAGCCGUCUGUUAAUUCUUCCACAAAUAUUGGGAGCACACCAUCGACCACUUCCAUUAGUGUUCAGGGAACUCUUUGUAUUGGUAGCUCUUCAUCUGCUACUGUCUCAAAUUCUCCCUGUAGUGUUCUUCCCUCUGUGUCUCCUGCUGCUGCUGUUCCUCAUUAUAUGACCACUCCUCCUCCGCCCAUCCACCAUAAGACACCACCUCUGCCUGCUGGCACUGCUACUAACCACGGUCACCACCACAUGGCUACUCAGCUGCCUCCAGGCCAACAUAGAACUCCUCCGCCUCCAUUGUGUCCUCCUCCACGUACUCCUUCGCGGGAGCCAUCCACUCCAAACACAAGCACUGGGCUCACAAUGUGUAAUGGAGUUCAACAGGUGUACUAUACUAUCAACAAUGGGCCUGGAGGAAAAAGCAACCCUGGUGUAAACAGCAAUGGUAUGGGUAUCUCUGGCUCUGUGCCCAUAAACAUGGCAGGCUACACUGCUCCUGUGGGUAUGACUCUGCCUCAACCUUCUCCAGUAGGUAGUGUGGCCAUACCUAUUUAUACCUCAGCAGGUAACAUGCCCAUAUAUACAUCAUCUGGUAGUAUAGGUGUUCCUCCACCUGGGAAUGGAGGCUUGGUACCCAUGGUGCCUCCAGGAGGUCAGUUUCCUCCCACAUACCUAUACUCUUUGUUAGGAGCUCCUGGGGGUACUCAUGCCUAUGUACCACCAGGAACAUACACUGCGCACCAUCCUCAUAGGUCUUUUUAUUUGCCGCAUAUACCACCAAUUGGUCCAAUGGCCCAUUUAAAAGCGCAUCAUCACCCUGGGGCACGUAUUAACUCUGGGAGUGGCAGCAGAGGAGGAAGCAGCAGUAGCAGCUGUAGCAGUAGUAGUGGAAGUAUGCGAGGGUUCAACAAAGGAAAUCAAAGAGGGCAUGGUCACGUGAAGAGUUGCUCACGGUCAUCGGACUCGUCACCUUCAUCAUCACAGUAUUCAUCUCCACCCCAGACACCCAGUCCUGACCAUACGCGGGACAACCAAACAGGCAAGAGAGGCAAAGGUCAGGGAGAUGCAAUGGAUAUUUGUGAAGCUGGAGAUUCGAGUUUGUUAGGGUCAGGUGCAAGUGAAGAAGGCACUCCACCUCCCUUACAUCAUCAUCCUAAUCCUAUUCUGCUGCCUCCACAGGCAACCUUGACACGGCCUCGUAUUAUGCCUUACCCUCAUCUGGGGUAUGUUGGUUUUCCCCAAGGAGGAAUGAUUAGAUAUCCAAGUUUACCGUUGCCAGCCCAAACACAAAUGGUGGUACCCAGAAAUCCUGUUCCACUGAAUUGUGAUAAGUCAAAUCGCGAAACUACGCCACCUGCUCCGGGAUCGGUGCCACUAGUGCAACAAGACCCUCAGUGUUGUUUACGCUCGCCAUCUGAAAUUAACACAGUGCCCAGUACCUUAACUGGAAACAGUCUUGGACGAAAUGGUGGAUCUCCACACACUGCAGCCACCCAUCCAGAUGGCCCACAGCCUCCUACAGCCCACACACCCGUCCCUAGUGUGGCCUCAACUCCCACUGCCCAGGCACCUCCUAGCAAUUCUUGCACUGGGGCUCCGCACAGUAGUGUGCCGUACAAUGCUCCUGGCUACCCCGUGGUUAUGAGUGCACCAGUGUUUCCACAAUUUCCGGGGUUUAUGCCAGCACACAGUUCUGCUCUUUCCAAUGGCUUUGUUUCUCCUUCUUUACCCCCAAACUUUGCAUUUCCUUCAGUGGGUAAUGGGAUAAAUGCAGAAUUUGUGUAUAGUGGUCAGUAUCCUCUUUUAGGAGGCACCACCCAGGGUGGAGGAGGCCCAGGUACUGCCUGUGGCACCCCAACUGGGAUUGGGCCACCCUCCACACCUGGACCAGGACUUGCAGCUGGCAUGCCCUAUACUCAUUACCCUCCUGCCCUGCCCCACACACCCAAUCCGUCCGCCGGUGCCAAGAAGACUUGCUACAACUGUGGGCAGGUAGGUCACCACGGUGCUGAGUGUAAGGAGGCAAACAUUGAAGAGAUGUGCAAUGUACCAAAGACUGCCAGGUCUUGAGUACAAAAAUGUUGUGGUGCAAUAAUAUAUAUUACUACUAGUGGCAGCAUUAUGGAAGAAGCACUCACACCAAUAUGGAUAUGGUUGCUGUUUUGUGAGGGAUGAAAUUUUGUUGAUCAUUCUUCAUAUGUGAUGGUGUUGAUGUUCUGGUGAUAAAUUUUAAUUAUAAAAUACAUUUUAUCAUUAAUGAAUAGCUAAUAAUGACAAAACGAGCAGUAUCCAGUUGAAUAUGUUCAAUUAUUUCAUCUGAAUGGGACACACGAGUGAUGGAAAGCUUGAUAUAUGAGUGAAUUAUUUUUCACAUUGAAUGUGAUGUUUAUUUGAAAGAGGAAUUAUACUUUUGAGUGAAGUAUUAAAAAUUUUUUCAAACAUUUCUUAGAUACACUUAUUUUGUGAUAGUAGAAAUGUAACUGCGUGAGUAUUCAAGAGGCCAAAGAAGAGUUUUUGUGGUGAGGCCAGUGACUGAUGACUUAUACUAGUUGAGUUUUUCUCAGCUUAACAUAGGAUGGUGCUAAAGGGAGGAGCGAGAGAUGUUACCACUUGCUAGCAUAACAUAAAUUAAAAUAUUGGUAGUUUUUUUUUCUCUCCAACAGAUGUAGCUACCAACAAGUAUAAAUUUCUUCCUUAGCGGAACAUGCAUAGUGCUUCGAUCUCCCAUGCUUCCUUUUAGGCAAAUCUUGUGCAUUCCAGUGAUAGGUAUUACACUCUUUUAGGUGGAUAAAUCCCCAGUUUUUUUAUGUUGUAUUUACAAAUGAAAAAAUGGAGGAAUUGCAUUUAUUGGUUUGCUAAAAUGAUAGUUAUGAAAUUCUGGUGCAUCCUGAACUUGUAUAUAUAUUUGUGUUGCAGGAAUUACAUAAAUUAUAAACUAAUAAAUCAAAAAGUACCUUGGAUCAAGUAGGCAGUGCCACUGACUUAUCAUAAAUGAUCAUUUAGUAUGGCUUCUCAAUUUGCAGAAUUGCUUUCAUAUCUGAAAUUUUAUUGUUCGGUCUCCAGAAUAAUUAAUGAGAAGAAACAGAAACAAAUGCAUGACAUAUUAUUUCAGAGAAACAUAGAUGCAUGUAAUAUCAUUUCGAAACUAAUUUCCUAUUAAAUUCUUUAAAAUGACAUUAUAAUGUUAUUUGGAUAUUUUAGGAACUUUAAAAAAAAAAAUCAGUCAUGCUGGACAUAAGGUAGCCCAAGAGAAGCCUAGAGUUUUAUUUAAGGUUUCCUGCUGGAAAAAUAAAAGUUUUACUUCCUGCUUUGGACAAGCAAUAUGUUUGCAUUUGAGCAUUUCCAGAUCUUUCGAGAAAUUAAGAGAUAUGAGUGAGAACUAGGCCAAGGGUAAUAAGAGUGAGUACCCCCAUUAUAUUAUCUUAUGAAACAGGGUCCAGAUGUUUGAGUUCUCAUUACCUGAUGUUACUGUUAUGCAAGGCCAUAAUAUUUUCUAAGUCACUUAGUACCCAGUCAUUACUUACUUAUAUUAUUUUCAUGUGGUGCUUUUUUUUUUUUUUAAGUCACUCAAGCUAAGACUAUGGUUAAGGAUACAUAGUUUUUCAAGACUAUGACUGCUCUAAUACAAUUAAUAGUCUCUUUGGUAUGACAGUUUUUAUGAUGCAUGCAAGUUUUGUUUUUUGCAGCAGAUGGGUUUUAGCAUAAAACUUCACCUGUUUUUGAAAUGUGUAUAUUUUAAAGUGGUUAGCUAUAAUGUAAAGUUUAUCUAAAAUUUAGCUUUGUAUGUAGAAAAUUCACACUAUUUGAAUUACUAGGUACUGUAGGAUGAUGAGUUAAAAUUGCAUAUUGAAAAGUAAUCAGAUUUUUUUUUUUUUUUUUUUUUUUAGGAUAUGUACUAGUAAGCACUGUAUUUCAUAAAUAUCAGAAUAUAUAAUCAUCCACAAUGAUGUUAGGGUAUUCACUUGAUAUUGCAGCAUUGGUAUGUAGAUACCAUCAAAGUUUUAUUGAUGUUAUUCAGUUAUGCCAUAUGAUGAGUAUUAUGUAAAUGCUUUUAAUUUUUAUUAUUUAUUGAUGAGAUUAUUAUUCUUUCACUGCUUACCCAUUCACUCAUUCGCUUGGCAUUAGCAGUGUGAACAUAAGAAACAGGCUUAACUUCAUUUGAAAUGGUUUGGUGCUUGUUUUGCAUGACCAACUCUGAAACACACUUGUUGGGAAUUAUGUGCCCACUUUCAUUGAUGUACCAGAUCAGUGAGUAACCUUGGAAUUCUAUGUAUCCUGAUAUGUAUAAUGAAUUCACAACAUAUUUGUGUACAUGGUAUGCUAAAAUUGUAUGUUAUUUGCUGCUAAUAUCAGUUACUAUGGUUUCUUCAGAUAUGUCUGUCAUUCUGUUCUGUAGCUGCCUCUUUGCAGAUGGGUAAUAUUUUUUUUGAUAUGUUGUAAGGUUCAACCAGAAUGGUUAUAAUUGAAUUCUCAUUUUAUCACUACAUUCAUGUAAGAUCUAAUAUAUCAGAUGCCCCUACAACUGUAAUCUGGAAUUGUAAUCUCUCAGAAUUUCAUUCACACACAGGAUUUCUAGCAUUAUAGUAAAAAAAUAUUUUGAUUAAGCAAUUUCUAGUAAAAAAUAGACUUUAUUACUAAGUAAACUGAACAUUUCUUUUCGUCUUAAUUUUUUUAUGUCUGUACCUUAACAGGUUAGUUUUCUCAAGACAUCUGCUGCCAUAUUUGCUUAUAAAUUAUUUUAAACCAGAAAUUUAGAAAUGUUUAUACCAUUUACCUUACUGUACAUGUGUUGGUUUCUAUUUUCAUGUAUUGAAGGUUAAGAUGUCUAAAUUUAAAAACUUUUUAAAUGGUAAUUAUAUCAGUGUUAAGUAAUUUAAAACUACAAGGGGACUGUUAUGAUGCAAACAUUUUUCUCCAGUAUCUUCUAAGCAAAAUGCAUCAUUAGGUAAUUACUAAAUUUUGAGAGUUGUUAAAUUAAUUUUGUCUUUUGGGUUUUUAUGAAUUAAUUAUGAGUAUUGUAAUGGCCACAACUUGCUACAUAUCAGUGUGUCCACAUGAGAUUAGUUAAGGGUCACUCUUCAAUGUUAACUGUGUUUUAGGAUGUAUUGGAAAGUGUUAUGCAAGGUAGCUUCAUUGACACAAGCAGCUAUAAGAAAAAGUAUCAGCCAUGUUUUGUGGCACAGUAGCUGUAGAAUUCAGUGCAAAUAUUUUUUUUUUCCUUCAUAGUGCCUCUAUUAAUAUGUGUGUAUAGUGUCUUCUCUCCUCAUUUGGUAUGAAGACCAAUAUCCCCACUCUAAUUUUGGGAAUGUCUGACUUUCCUCUCCUCUCUGUAGAUCUUUCCCUCUACUUCAGUAAACCAUUCUUUCUUCUCUGGUAUUGUUUGUAUCUUCCCACUCUGUGAAUGUAUUCUUUCAUAAUGUGAGUGCAUGUCUUCUUUGUCUUUGAAGAAUUGUUGCAUCUGCCUAAUAGUAUGUGUAUCCCCAUUUUCUUAUGACCACUGAUAUCUCCAUUUCUUGAAUGAUUGUGGCUUUCUGCAUCUGUAUAAAAUUCUGCAAGUAAAUUCUGUUAAAAAAAUGUAUGAGUAUUUUUAUCGAGAUGAAUGAAAGGAUGAUGAGAGUUGUGUGUUACAGAUAUGUAUAUAUAAGAGAGAGAGAGAGAAUGUUUGUGUUGAUGAGUACAGUAGUUAUGAAUUAAUUGAAAUCUUUGUUCCUUGCCUUCUUUACAACAGGUAAUGGAUUAGAGAAAGUUGUGAUUUGUGUCAAUUAUAUUAAAGUCUAUAAUGAAGGUUGUUGAAGUAGUCACUGUGUUGGCCAGUAAGGAUAAAAAGUGGUAGACUUGUCUGUCUGAAAAUUAAAUUUUUUUGCCAUCCUUGCCAAAAUUGUAUAAAAAGGGGUUUGGAAUAAAAUUUUAAUCCCCUAAAUUUUAUUGUGUUUUAUCCAGUCUUGUCUGUGUGUGUGACAAGUUUAGGUUUUGUCAUCCAGAGUUGAAUAUGAGUGUAAACAAAGUGCAUGAGGUCAUAGCAUCUAAUCUCCUUUGUUACCUAAUUAACUUGAUGGCUAAUAUUAGAGCUUUUAAAAUAACUACUUUAAUUUUUUUAAAUAAUUUACAGUGGGAAACAGCUUGAAAGAUUUUCCAAAUAAUUCCAAAUUUGAACAUGUUUGAGUUACAAGUAUAUUAGCAUCACUUUGUUAUUUUCCAGCACUUUUAUUUAACUUUUUAAUACCACAUUGUUAAGUGUUGGUUGACUGAAUUAAACGUAUCAACCUACUAAAAGUCUUCAUCGGUUUUGCUUUAAGUUUGUAGUGAAUGGAUAUAUGUAUGAGAUUGGUGUUUUUGAAGUAAUGUCUUAUAUCUUAUUAUACAAAUCUUUCGUGAGUAAAUGACUAGUACAUUUGUGUGAAUAUUUUGAGAACAUGUGAAAUACGGUAUAGUGCUGUAUAUUUCUGAAUUAAGGUAUUGUGUAAAGUCAUGUGAUUAUAAAUAUUUAUAGUUAUGGCAGCUGAUCUCUUAAUAAUAAUGACCAAAGUUAUAUCAUUAAUGUAAUGGGUAAGCAUGUAUGUGAAUUUGCUAAUGAAUGGGGAUUCAGUUUGCCAGUGUGAUCUAAAGGAUCUAGAAGAUUUACAGUUAGGAAGCAAUAAGGCUAUAGAGCAAUUUUUUUCAAUCAAUUUUUUUUUUUAUGGAUUGUUUUUAUUUUUGCCUUAAUAGGUGAUAUUGGUUAACAAAAAAAAAUCUUAUUGCUUUUAAUGUUUUUUCAGAAUUUUAUAUGAAAUUCACAUGGAAUUAUAUAUUGGUGUGUAUUGCAAGCUUUUGUUUUCCUGUGUGCCAUUCCAUGUAUGUGAUGAGUACUAACAGGUUUUUUAUCUACAGCUAGUGAUUAACCUUCAUGUAAAGAUGAAGGUUGUUGGUUAAGUGAAUCUUAUUCUUUAGAUGUAGCUAUUGGGGCAGAGCUCUUGUCCUCAGCCUUCACCUUGAAUGCAACUUAAAGAAUGUGGUUAUUACAAGGCAUCUGUAUGUUGUUUUUCCUGAUGCAAUACUAUUUCUUAAGAAUUUUUGCAUUUACAGUGAGGAUUUAUUAUAUAAUUUCUGCUGUAUUAUGUAGCCAUUAUUCAGGUCAUAUAUUUUAUAUGAGAGAUUUUAUUUUAAAGAGUUAUAUGAUGGUGUAUUUCUUUUAUAUUGCCCUUCACCAAAAUGUUAGUGCUCAAGCUUUAGUUAGUCUAAGUGUAAAGUAUGUUUUUUGGACUACAUACCACUGGGGUUUUUUAAUUAUUUGUUUGGUAAUGGCUUUUACUCUUGUGCAUCACACUUCAGUUACAGCUUUUUCACUAGUGAUUAUAAGUCACUCCAGUAUUCUCAUUCUCUCAAAUUCUCAUUCUCAUUCUCUCUCUGCUGCCUUCUGUAUCUUUUAAAAAGUUUUCUGGCUAUGCAAGAAAUACUCAUAAAUUAUUUAAACUAAUGCAAAAAGUUUGUUCCACUUAUUAAUCAAAACAAAAGUGGAUUAAGUGAUGGAUUAUGUAAGAGUGGUGUUAACUAUCAGUGUGGGAGAGACCAGGCUAUAGUAUUAUCUUUAGUAAUUUACUGUAUUCAGAAAAUAUUUUUGUAAUGACAAAGUUUUUAUUCAAGCUGUCUCGAAAAAUAAACAAAAUUAUAGUGA